AUGCUGGUUUUCUUUCUUCCCUCUCUUCCUUCUCUUUUCUCAUUCCUUUCUUUCUCUCUGGUCUUUCUCUUCCCUUUCAUUUUUCUUUCAUUUCUCUUUCUCUCUCUUCCCUCUUUUCCUUCUCUUUCUUUCAUUUCUUUUUUCUCUUCCUUCUCAUCCUUCUGUGUUCUUUUCUUCAUUACCUUUUCUUCCUCUUUAUCUUCCUCUUUCUCUCUCUGUGUCUUUUUCUCUUCAUGCUCUUUUUCUUUCUUUUCCUUCUCCCCUCAUUUCUUUGUAUCUCUUUCUCUUCCCUCUGGUUGUCUUCUCAUUUUACUUUCUCUUUCCUUUUUCUCUUUUCUCUCUCUUUUCUAUUUUUUUCUUUUUUAUCUCUUUCUUCUCUUUCUUCCCUUUCUCUUCCCUUCUCUUCUCUUCUUUUCUGUCUCCUUUCAUUUCUUUUUCUUUCUCUUUCCUUUUCUCUUUCUCAUUUCUCUUCUGUUUCUAUUCUUUCUUUUUUUCUCUUUCUUUCUUUCUUUCUUUCUCUUUUUCUUCUUCUCCUUCUUUUCUCUUUCCUCUCUUCUCUUUCUUCUUUUUUCUUUCUCUGCUUUCUUUCUCUUCUCUUCCUUUCUUUCUUUUCUUUUCUUUCUCUGGCUUUCUCUUUCUUUUCUCAUUUCUCUUCUGUCUCUUUUUUUUCAUUCAUUCUCUUUCCUUUUCUCUUUCCUUCUCAUUUUCUGUCCUCUUUUUUCUAUUCAUUUCUUCCCUUCUCUCUUCUCAUUUUUCUUUUUCUUUCUUUCUCUCUUUCUUUCUUUCUCUCUUUUCUCUUUUUCUCUCCUCUCCUUCUGUCUCUUUUCUCUUCUCCUUUAUUUCUUUUCUCUUUCCUUCUCUCCUUCUAUCUUUUUUCUUUCUCUUCCUUUCUCUCUUUCUCAUUUUCUCUUCUUUUCUAUUCUCUUUGCUUUUCUUUCUUUCUCUCCUUCUCUGUCUUUUCUCUCUCAUGAUGGAUUUUCUCUUCUUCUGAUCCUUCUCUUCUCUUCUUUCUUUCUCAUCUUCCUCUUUUCAUCCUUCUGUGUCUCUUUUCUCUUUCAUUUCUCUUUUCUCUCUUCUCUUUUCUCCUUCUUUCUCUUUUCUCUUUCAUUUCUUUAUUUCUCUUCCUAUCUCUUCUUCUUUCUUUUUCUCUGUCAUGCUGGUUUCAUUUUCUUUUCCUCUCUUUCUUCUCUUUUUUUCUCUUUUCCUCUUCUUUUCUCUUCUUUUUCUCUUUCUUCUGAUCCUUCUCUAUUGAUUUUUCUCUUUCUCUUUCUCUUCUUGUUUUCUCUUCCCUUUCUAUGUCUUCUUUCUUCUUCUCUUUUCUGUUCAUUUCUUUUUCUUUUCUCUCUUUCUUUCUCUUUUCUCUUUUCUUUGUCUUUUUCUUUCAUUUUCUUUUCUCUUUCUUUUCUUCCUCUCUUUUCUCUCUUCCUUUUCUCUUUCCUUUCAUGUUCAUUUUUCUUUCCUCUUUCUUUUUUCUUUUUUAUUCCUCUUCUCUUUCUUUUCUUUUUCAUCUUCUCUUUUCUCUUUCUCUCUCAUUUUCUCUUCCUCUCUUUCUUUUCUAUUCUUUUCUUCUUCCUCUUUCUUUCUUCCCUCUCUUUUCUUCUGUCCUUUCUAUUCAUGCUGGCUUUUCUCUCUUCCUCUCUUUCUUUCUGUUUCUUUCAUUUCUCUUCCUUUCUUUUCUUUUUUCUCUUCCUCUCUUUCUUCUUUUUUCUUUCAUGCUGGAUUUUCAUUUCUUUGAUUUCUCUUCCUUUUCUUUCAUUUGGCUUUUCUCUUUCUUUCUUCUUCUCUGAUCAUUUCUUUGAUUUCUCUUCCUCUCUUUCUCUUUCUAUGAUCUAUCUCAUUUUUUUUCUCCACCUUUCUUUCUUUCUCUUUCUCUUCCUCUCUUUCUUUUUCUCAUUCUUUUCUAUUCAUCUACUCUUUCAUUUCUUCUUUCUCUUCCUUCUUUCUUUGCUCAUUUUUCUUUCCCUCUGA